AUACAUUAAUCAGUUCCGUGUUUCCAAUCAGUACCCGCAUCAGCAUUUAACAUUGGAGAAGUACUACCAGCCGAGCCAACGUCUUCAUUCAGCGUUGGCUCUCGUCCAACGAUAUAAUUCCAGGUUUGAAGUCUGCGACGGUGUGUCUCAGCUCUCGUGUUUUGAUGAUGAUGCUAGGACACACGGCCGCCAAUGGCAAGAAGAGCAGCAAGUUCGAGGACUCGGACAGCAGUCGCAUGUCGAGGCCCAGCAGGGCCGUGUCUGAGCUGCCGCAGCGUCCAGCAGCGCAGCAUCUGAAAUCGUCGUCGUCAGCGGGCACGGAGGCAAGUGGCGGCACGCCGCGCCGCGCUCCCGGCGUGCGAGGGACGACGGCGCCGCGCAGCCCGUUGCAGGAGGCAAGGAUGUUAAUUGUUGUGAAUUGAGAUCACACGACACGACCGGUACAAACACAGGACCGUACUUGCCGAUCGAUGACGUCCGUUGCGUUGCCUUUGUUUUGUGCGGGUUUUUUGCAGAAGAAGCCCGCGGCCAGUGUUAGCGGUGGUGGUCCACGGGUGGCAGAGCUGGAGGCGAAGCUGGAGAAGGCGUACGGGCAGCUCCAGGGCAUGCGGGAGCAGCUCGCGGCGGCCGAGAAGGCCAGGAAGGACGCGCGUGCAGCGCUCGUGGAGGCCAAGAAGCGCUUGGCCGCAAAGAAGAAGGACGACCUCGCAGAUCACGGUGGCGGCAAGGAGCCAGCGUCGUCAGCACCCGAAGCUUCCGAGCGUGACAACGCGGAGAAAAGCUACGUGGCGGUAGCGCCGAGAGAGUCGGCGGUGAUGAACAAGAAUAGUGACGGGGAGGAGACGAGCAAUGUCGUUGACGAUGAUUUUGGCGACAAGAAGCCAAGCCCGGAGGUCGAGACGCUGAGGGCGAAGCUGACGGCCAAGGAUAUGGAGGUCUACGAGCUCAGGGCGAGGCUCAUGGUGAUCGACACGGAGGUCGACGACCUGAGGGGCAAACUGGUGGCCAGGGGCACGGAAGUCGACGAGCUGAAGGCGGCGCUGAUGUCGAGCAACGAGCUGGUCGACAAGCUGGCGGCGACCCUGCUGGUCAAGGACGCGGAAAUCGCCGCUCUCGAGGCCGACAACGCCGACCUCACCAAGACGGCCGAGGAGGCUGCGGAGGCCACCGCCGCGAGGGCGCGGGAGACGGAGCACGCGCUGCGGAAGAGCGCGGAGCGGGAGGCCCGGCUCGCCGAGCGGCUGCGCGCUUCGGACCACUCCCGCGACGCGCUGGAGGCCGAGGCGCAGCGCUUGCGCGUGCAGAGCGAGCAGUGGCGCAAGGCGGCCGAGGAGGCCGCCGCGGUACUAGGCAGCGGGGGCGGCGCCGUGGACAACGGCGUCGGCGCGUACGUCGACAAGCGGCGCCGCAGGUCCGGCUCCGCCUGCGCCGGUGGGAAUGGUGGCAAGGCGGCCAAGGACGGCGACGACGACGACGACGAAGGAGCCAGUGGCAAGCGCAAGGCCGGCGGCGGCGCCAUGCGGGUGCUCAGCGACCUGUGGAAGAAGAAGGCGCAGAAGUGAUCUCGGACGCCAUCGUUCUGCGUUUUGUAUUAUAUAUGACUCGAGUUCAGUUUGCUCUUGUGUUCUCCGCUUCCGGCUUUGCGAGGAUAACACCGUAUCUAAAGAUUUAUUACAGGUUGAGGUAAUAAUUUACAACUGGACUAUUUACGUUAGCACUAAAACCCAAAAUAAGCUCCGUAUCGUGUGUUCUGUGUUAUUAUGCGACAAGGAACAUUAUUGUUGUGGGGCGUUGUAGUUUGAUCUAAGUUUCAAAACUCGCCAUGUAUGCUGUAAUGAAGAUAAUCGAACGGUGUUAAUUUGUUUCAGAAGACCGCAAGUUGGUUAGCUCUAGCCAACAUAUCUAUGUUAUAAUAAAGCAUCAGUUUCAACGU